AGUUCGAAAAUCCUCUACCAGUCUGCCACUCUCGCUCGUCGGCUCCACUCCCGGCACUCCGUCCCUCCGUCCGUCGAGUCGCCGCCGUCGCUGCUUCGUGAUUCACUGCUUCGUCCGUUCGUCGGCUCGUCGCUGGACUCGCUGCUCUCCAUUCGACUUCGCUCACUUCGCUAAAUCGCUAGACCCAAUUCACGGAAGUAUUCAAUUUUCUUCCAGUAGCGAGGUUUGAUUUCUAAGGGAUGAGUGGAAGAGGAGGGAUUUCAGGCCUCAAGCGGCCGCGCCCAGGUUCGGAUGGAUCAAAGGAGUUGACAGCUGAUGAGCGUAAUGUAUACAAUCUGAUUAAAGACAAGGGGGAUAUGGGUAUAUGGAAGGGAGACAUAAGAAAAGAGUUGAACAUCACCAAUGCAAAGACAAUUGAUAACUGUGUUAAGUCUCUCCAACUGAAGCAAAUGAUCAAAGAGGUGCCUAAUGUUCAAGCCAAGGGGAAGAAGCGACUCAUGGCUAUGGAGUUUGAGCCCUCAAAGGAGUUAACUGGUGGUGUAUGGUAUCAUGACGGGAUGCUUGAUGAGGAUUUUAUUGAAAAUUUGAAGCGUGUCUGUUUACAAAGACUUUAAACAGCUGAUGGAAUGCGCCAUGAGAUUCAGAUGACAGGGGUGUUUCAAGUUGAUUUAACGGUGGAACAGGUGAAGGAGAUACUUGAUAAUCUGGUUUUGGAGAACAUUAGUAGAGUGAAGGGCAAUGGAAUGGGGGAGUUGGCAUCGUUUCCUAUCAACGCGUGUUACAAACUCAAAUCACAGCGUGCUAAAGUGGGAGCUUUCUCUAUGAUACCCUGUGGUGUUUGUCCCCGAAUUAACCAUUGUGCUCCUGAUGGUGUCAUCUCCCCAGUAACCUGUGUAUACUAUACCAAAUGGUUGGAAUUUUGAAAGUUGAGUUGUUCAUUUACCUCAAAAUUUUAGUACUAGAGUUAGAAGAUAAGAACAAAUUUUUGCAGGAAGAUGUCAUUAAAACCAUUGAUAGUGUUUUCAUUCAACAAUUUUUUUUUCCUCAAUAAAAGAAAGAUAUGCAUGUUGAUAACAUUAUCAUAUCAACAUGUAUGUUCAUAUGCUCUUUAAGUAUGUGAUUUUUGCAAAUUUCUGUCUCUGUAAGACCAUCUCCAUUGGUGAGACUUAACUUUGAGUAUUGAAAUAUAAAAUGAGUUGUUUCUUACCUCAAAUGGUGAUAUCCAACCCACUUCUCAAUUUAGCAACUCAUGUGAAGUCUAAUUUCCUAAUGGUAAGACUCUCUAAAAUAUACUAUUGUCACUUUCAAUUUAUGGCCCACCUAAUUCAUAUUGUAAGUUUUUCACAAAC